AUGGUCCCCCGGCGCAAUGACGCCGUUUGUACUUCGCGGCGAUGUGAGCUGUGCCACCUGGCUGCGUGGGCGGAGCGCGUGAUAAAACGCAGGCAAAUCAAUGUGUCUAUUGACAGAGUUGGUGUCCGACACCCACGCCUCCAACAGUUCUCACCCCGUCUUGUUGCCGACUCGCGCCAAUAUCCGCGUGUUGACGAAAUCGAACUCAUGGCCUUCCUCCAGCGUGUGAAUGGUGACUUGAGAUAGUGGGUCGCCUCUCCGAACGGCCCGUUUGUGCUCAAGUAUUCGUGAGCUGAGACGUCGUCCUGUUUGGCCUGUGUAGUGGCAAGGACAGUUGUGACACGGGAUUUGACAGACUAUGCCCGACUGCUCACCUGCGUCCAGCCAAUCCUUCAUUUUCAUGAUGUCCACGCCUAACUCUGACGCAAUGCGUUCUGCAGCCUCGGACACAUUCUUUAUGUACGGUAGGGAGUGCCAAAUGGUUGGUGCCUCACCCGUCUCGCAUCACAAACCGGCCUAUGGUCGUCCAGUUCAUCUAUGUAUCGCAUAACGGGAUGUGAGUGAACCAUUCUCACAGCGCAGAACCUGUCCUCGUUAAGGGAUCGAUAGUCCUGUUGCCGUCAAGGCACGGCUAGUCUUCCGAAGUCAUUAGACGAGUCAGUCGAUCGAGAUGUAGCGGGCGGGUAAAUCAAAGCCACGGUUUCAUGUUGGUCGGUACGAUGCAAAACAACUUAUACAUUCAGGGGACUACAGGUAACGAUCUAACAACAAUGGCAACAAUGGGAGACCACAGGGGUAUAUGGGAAUGUGUGCGUCAUAAUCCGUCCGCAUUUUCUUCCGUUUUUCAACGUGAAGGUGAAUUCCGGGAAUCUGUUUGCAGUGUGAGAAUGAUUUUGGAAAAACAUGAUUUAAAGACAGUAAGACCGCUUAUAGUGCCAUGGUUGAAUGGACACGGUACAGAAGCCGGCUUGAAUUAGCCUCUGUGAAGGUGUAAGUCGUGUUCUAAUUAAUAAGGUGACGCUAUUUAGACAGGUGUAUCACAGUUUCGGACGAGAAUAACUGACGAAUGAGUCCGUUUUUGGAGGCAGAUGGGCGAAUUAUUCUGACGAAUUGACCGUGCAGGGUAAUGGAAGUCUUAAUAAUGUUAAAGUAGCAGUCUGGUUUUUCAUGAUAAAAAUGCUACCGGCUUGUGCUUGGAUGAAUGUUUACUGUGCUUGUAUCUGCCGACCAGCAUUUUCGAACCUGUGAUGGUCACUCUUUCACAAUAACAAUUCAUUGGCCCACAGUUCAGGAUUUCGAAGGCUCUCCCAGCAACAGAUGUCCCACACAGUCAGCUGGAUGUUUUUACCUCAUUGCAAUGUGACGUGUUCGGGGGUAGUUUCAACGAGCGAUAUCAAGAAUACCUGAAUAUCAGACCCCUCUCCAACUGCAGUUCCCACUUGUAACUAUCAAGAAUUUGGUAAAGCAAUAAGAAAUCUCAUAUUUCGUCGAUAGCACAUGUAAAACCGAUUUUAGGCCGUACUGCAUAGGCGAUUUUCAUUGAUAUAUGACGGCAUCUGAUAAGAUAUACAUUUCCCCUCUGGACUCCAUGUUUUCUAUCCACCUGAGGUUUUAACAAUACGACUAUGUAGAUGUGAAUUCCCCACCCAGUCAGUGUGGCAAGACAGGUAGAAUGAAAAUAUCACCCAUUCUUGAGUGAAUAAAUACCCGAUCUGCAGCGACAGAGACUGGCAGGUGGCGAGGCACUGAUGAACUUCGGCUCGAUGAGGUGCUUAUGACCCAUCUGGUAGACCCCAGUGGUGGAUCAACUGCGCCAGGUGCGUCUGUGCGCAUGUUUGUUUUUCCGGUCCCAGCUGGUGGUUAGGGUUAUAAUUGGUUGAAUGAAGGCAAGCAAGGCCGAAACAGUGCUGUAUCAAUGUACCCCCAGACUCUGUCGUCUCUCCUAUGAUAACCAAUAGUGUUUCUCGGAGAUUUUGAGGGCGUAGGCCUUAGCAGUAGAUAGUCAACUACGUAGAAAACACAAAGACCCAUUAAAUUCAUUCUGCAGAGGCUUUUUCUUUGCCCAUUUAUUUGGCUCGGCACAAAUCACUUUCUCCUCCUCCUCCUCCUCCUCCUCCUCCUCCUCCUCCUCCUCCUCCUGUGCUUUCUCCAUGAGGAGAACCACCCAUCGGUCGCUUAUUCUGGCUACCCAGUCACGCCAGCACAAAGUCUACCUCCCGCCUUUAGUUACUUAGGUUCUGCAGCUCCCGGGCUGGCUUCUCCACGUAUUGUCCAAUGAAAAUCUAAAUUGCUAACCCUAUCCUUUGGUGUGUACAAGUUGGUUGCGAAGUGUAGUCGUCGGUUUAUGUGCCACGUGUAUUUGGUGCUUUCACAGGUGUCUUUCAGCUAGUUCUGGCAUAUUCCUAAUGUACGGAAGCGUACACUAGUCUCUUGGUUUGGGCGCCUGAUCGGAAAAAUCUAGUUCCUUGUCUUUUUAUUUUAACUUCUGCUGUCUCAUGCGCCGAUGUACAAAAUCUCUAGGAUACCCAUUCCGGGAAAACAGUUUGAACAAAUAAUUCAUUUCGGUUUGGUAAGUUUCAUUCUCAGGGCAGCGAGUUUUUGCUCGAUUAAGGAGGCUGUUCACGGCGCUCCGUUUGUGAGAGAUUGGGUGAUUACUCGCAUAAUGUAAAAGAACUUCUGCUCAAGUCCCCUUGCGGUGAACUGAUGAUUGAAGUGUCCCGUCAGUCUUUUUCUGUUGGAGGACAUCCAGAAAUUGGAGUUUAUUGUCAAUCUCUUUUCUGAGCAUGAACGUAAAUGUGGAGAACGUUUCCGUACAUUAAGAAUGUGUCCAAACUAGUUGAAAGGCACCCAAGGAAGCACCAGAUACACGUGGCACACGAACCGACGCCUACACUUCGCAACCAACCUGUACACCCCGUCGUCAGAAAUUAAUCACCGUUCCAAUGCCAAGGAUGCAAAGAAUCAGGAGGAGGAGGAGGAGGAGGAGGAGGAGGAGGAGGACUACGACGACGACGACGACGACGACGACGACGACGACGACGACGACGACGAUAUCCACCGUGUGCACCAGAGCAUGGUGGGCGCGGUGGCAGAAACUUGCGCUUAA